ACAAACAUGGCGUAAAUUGAUCAGUCCGAAAAACAAACGCAUCUUAGUGCGAUUCAGCUUUCUUCAGGCUUUAGGUUCUUUAUAACUUCUAAAAGAGGAAUUAAUAGUUUCCAAAAUUUGAACAGUUUUACGCCAUAUGUAGCAUAUGUAGACAAGAAUCGUUUGAAAUGUCAGGCUUGCAAAGGUGAAACAGCAGAAAUCAUAUUAUAGAAACACUUCAGAGCUAUGGAAGAUAUCGAUGAAGCUACUCCUCGCGGAAUUAUUCGCGGUGUUUUGACAACAGAGAAUGUAAGUCAAAGUGCUCGAGCUUUGAGGUCAAAGGAAACGCUCAGUACAUCAAAUGUAAGAGAAACACCAACGAAUCCUCCGUCCCAUUCCGAAGUUGCAAGUCGGUUGCUCACUCGAUCUACUAGGAACAGGAAGAGAAAAGCUGCACCGGGUACUACUCCUUCAGACUCAACAACUCCUAGAACUUUGGUAUGCCGCGACUUAACUUGAUUCGUUUAUUAGAGCGAUUAAACAUGUCUAAAAUUUAGCCCUUUUGUUAAAUUACCAGAGCUAUAAUCAUAUGUCUAUAAUUUCAUGUAUGAUGAUCCAUGUGUAGGCUAGCUUUGUUUUUAUUUUUGUUUUUUUUUUUUAUCAGUAUCGUAAUUUAUCGAUUUGACUGCCAACAUUUUGAGAAGUGAUUAGUUUGUUGAAAAUAUUUCCGUAUAACCCCAUACCAUUCUAAAACAAAGUAUUCUUAAAACUAAACUAUUUUUCGCCCUUUUUCUCAUAAAAUAACUUUAGACAUAAUGAAGUAUGGAGUCGUUCGGAAAUUGUGUCAGUUUGUGGUUUGUUCUUGCAAUAUCAAUUGUAAGCGACAGUUAUGUGUACUUGGAUUAUAAUAUUUGCAAUUUUUUAAUGCUUUUUACCCUUACAUCAGUAUGUGUACUCUCCAUUCUGUUCUCUACACAUUUCCUAAGGUACUGACGAGGAGAAUUUUUCAAAUUUUCCAGAGUUUCUUUUUUUCGGAAUAUUUGUUUCCUCUCAUAGCAAUCCCCAUUAAACUGGUGUUCUUAAUUGCUGACAGUUAAUUAAUGUUUUAUUUCUCAGGGCUGAAGCUUUGAUAUUGUUUUUUUUUAGAUUGCUGGUUUUCUAGAAACGGCUCCAGUUGCCAAAAGUGUAGUGAAAGGGCAGAGACAAAAGGUCAUUGAGGGAGAAAGAAGAAGAUCAUCUCGCUUAUCAGUUCAAGCUGGGGGUAAUACCCCAAGAACAAUCAUUCAAAAUUUCUUGCGAGAAGGUACAUGUAUAGGUGUAGUUACUUUAUACCAGGUGGUAACUUUUGCUUGAUGUGUACUUUGUAUUUACAGUUAUUUUUGACAGACAGUUUUGAAAAUCACCUUUCCUUCUAUGUGACUGUAACAAUGUUUGGGUUGGACAUCUUUGUUAUUUUUGAGUUGCCCUCUUUUUCUGAAAGGUUCUGUUGAAAGAUUUAACUGUUAGCUCCUAGAAGUGAUGAAAUGUAUCAUUUUCUUUCAAUUUCAAACAUAAAAAAAGUUAUGGGAGCUGUCAAAUUAUCAGUUGACGAGUGUUCAUUGAGAAACUCCAAAUUCUUUUGACUCAUUUCAGUAGAAAUGUAUAGCAGGUAGAAAGGAGAAUUUUGAAACAGAUCUCAUGAAUUUGUUCCCUUUAGCAUUAACAGAGACACCAGUUGAACCAGUAAUUCCAGAAUCUUCAGAUGAAGUAGAUCAAGAAAUACCACACCAGUUGAGUGAACAAGAAAAACAGUCAUCUCUUUCAACAAGUGGUGUUGCUGAUGGUCAGAUGUUUGCUACAACAAGUUCUCAUCCUGCAGAUCAUUCUACACAUGUAGAAGCAACAACUCCAAUGGUGUUGGACUCCUAUAUAGAAAUGGAUAGUGCUGCUGGGAUGUAAGAUUUUUAAAGUCAUUUUAAAUUCACACGAGUCACUGUUGAUGCUCCUUUUAACCCCAAGGGGACUUAUCAAUCUUCAUGGCUUCUUGACAAAGAAAGACUUUAUGGGAGACGGGAACAAACAUUAUUUAAAAACUUAUUGAGAGCUAUAAUUUGAGCUUCUUUUAUCGUGAAGUGUAGGCCAGCUUCAGCUGAAACCUCAUGUCAAAUGAAAUUAUUUGGCCAAAAGAUUGCAAGGGUUAAAGUGGAAACUAACAAAGUUUUUAAACAUGAGACAUUAUAAAGAAAUAUGUUUUUUUGUCUUGUCUCGAGUGUGGGAUAAAGCAAAAAUUUUGAGUGCUCAGGAAGGGACUUGUUAGAACAAUUAACCCUUUCACUCCCAUAAGUGACCGAGAGAGAAUUUCCCUUUACAACAUCAAUACAAAAUCAAGCAGACAAGAAAUGAGAAUAAAGAAAAAUAUCAAUUAGGGGUUUAUUAGUUGAUCCAAUACCAAAUCCACCAAACUGACUUUAUAAGAAUUGUAUGGCAGACAGUAGAGAGAAUUACUAAAGAGAUAUUGGGAGAAAAAGGGUAAAGGGUGCCAAUAUCAAUAUACAUGUGGAUAGCAAGAUAAUUAGCUAAAUUGAUGAAGUAAAUUGACCAUGGUGAAGAGUUCUAAGCUCACAUUUCAAGCAUUUGCCCUUUGUCAGAGCAAGGCAUCAGCUCAUUGUCAUUUGCUGUGAUGAAGGGCUCAUGCUUGAAACGUCAGCUUAGAAACUCUUUAUAGUGGGCACUUUGCAUUUGUAACACAGUUGAUAAAACCAAAGUUAUCUAGCUUCCCCCACUGAUGCAGCAACACAAUUUCUUUAAAAAUGUAGCCUCUUUUAUCAAUGUAGAUAGGCCAGAAAUAAACAGUUCCAUUUACCUAUUUACCUGGUAUCCCUUUCUUGGAUGGUAUCAAACAAGGACCAUGUUUAAAACUGUAAAAAUCAUAAUUUAUACUUCUCAUCCUCAUGAGAAACCAGCAGACCAACAGCAUUGAUUUUUAAAAUUAUUUAUCAGUAGCAGAAUAACUGAGGGAACACAACCAGAGGUUGAUUCUCUGCCAUUACUGGGAAGUCUGCAGGAAGACCUGGAAAGGACAGACAAUAGCAUGCAGACAUCUCGUCCAUGGAGAGAGCUGGUCACACCUCAGCUGCCUCUUAAUGUGUCUUUGCCAGGGAGUGAGAGGCUGGAACAGUCGAGAAAUAUUAAUGAAGAGAGGUGACAAAAAUCUUAAGUGUGUAUAGUGGUUCAAGAAAAAUUGACUGAGACUACAAAAUGUUGCAUGUGCCUGCAUGCAUUAACCCAUAGACUGCACUUUCAAUCAGUCUUUCAGUGUAAUAACCCUUGUGAGAUGUUGGAAGAACACAAGAAAAGUUCAUAAAUCACAAGGUGGAGUGUUGAUUGUUCUCUGAACAUCCCAAGUGGGUUAUUAUGCUCAUGAACUGAUAGAAAGUGUGCUAUUGCUUUGGUUAUUAAAUAAACUACAGAUGUGGGUUUAUUAGUUCAAUAAACAAUAGGUUUUUGACCAAUCAGGGUGCUUGUAGUUUUUCAGUCAUUUUAUAAAAAACUUGUUUGACUCUGAAAACAGUGUUAUGACAGCAUUAGACUUUGCUCUUCAUGUCAUGCAGGUAUAUACUAUUACAGCUUAGUGGUAUAGUGUUAAGGACAUCUGAAAAUUUAUACAGUUACGUUUGAACAUAUGCAUAUUACCACAUUUAAACCAAGUGAAUUGGUAUGGUGGAUGCAGCAGAUAAAUUUGUUUCAUGUUGUUCAUAAUCUCAUAACUGUCCACUAUUCUUUCUUAUCAUACAAAUAACUUAAUUCUGAUUUCCUUCUGAGGGUCACUUAUUUCUGCUUUGAUUGAAUGAUGAAGUUUUUAGAAAGGUGUUAACAAUUUCUCUAUUUAACUCUCCCAAGUUCUGAAUGUUAACUCUCCUCUCUAGGGGCUAUACAUUUCCUUGUAAAUUAGUUACAAGAAUUAAGGGUUAGAUCAAGAUGACAACCUCUACCUAAUAAGCUUGAGUAUUCUCUUCCCCUGUGUGCUAGAUAAUGUAUGGUUAUAAUAACAUUGAUCAUUUCAGGGGUUAAAGGGUUAAUGUUUUUAAUUAGUUCCAAAGGGAAAAGACCACUGUUUCAAGGUAAACCUCCUAAAGGAAGGGAAGGAACUAAAGUUGCAAAGUAAGUUCUUUUUUCUUUGGUUUCUCUGUGUAUUGUAAAGACCUUUAUGUCUCCUCACUCUUGGUGAUACACAUACCUGGAUGACAAUACUUUCAACCAUGACUACAUCGACUGUUUUUUUUUCCAACACUUAGUUUAUGUGAGUGAGCUUGAAUGACAUUUAAUACAGAAGUAGGUCAGCUCAGCCCUUUCACUCCCAAGAUCUCAAUACCAAUUCUCCUCACUGUUUGCCCCACAAUUCUUAUGAUUUUAGUUUGGAGAACUUGGUAUUGGAUCAACUAAUAAUAUCCUAAUUAAUGGUUUUUUUUAUUCUCAUCUCUUGUGUGCUUGAUUUGGUGUUGAUUUUGUAGGGAGAAAAUCUUAUUUGGUUGCAAUUUUGUAGAAGUGAUAAGCCUUGUCCUUGCUUCACUCUACAGUUACUGAAACUUUUAUUUCACAUGGAGUGCUUUUUUCUGCAGUGUAAUUUUUUUUUUGUUUAAAACUUCAUGAAAAGAUGUUUUUAAUAUUCAUGUGAUUUUUUUUCUUUUAAUAUUUUAAGGAAGCCCUUAGGCCCAAGAAUGCCACCUGCCCUUAUAAAGGGUAUUUUUCAGCAUUUUAGCCAAGCUAAAGUCUCAAAAGAGGCUCUUCAAGCUGUUGAAAAUGGGUAAUUAUGAAAGUUAAGUUUAUCAACUUUAUAAGAAUGUGCAAGUGGAGUGGUAAAUUGUCACUUGUAAACAAGAACACAAUUGAGGGGAGCAUAGUUUUAAAACUUCAAUUGACUUCUGAUGAUAUACAACUAGAUUCUCCUUACAAGUUGUCUUGUUUUCCCUUAUGAGACAAAGGGAGAAGUAGACAUUGGAUUUUAGGUCACUCAAACCUUAAUUCUGAACACCCAUCAAAUUAAGACCCUCUUUAAUCAAGUGCACUUACUAUGCUUGCCAGAGUGGCUGAACUUUAAUGGCUACAUGUAUAUUGUUUAGUUAUUAGAAUUUACCAGACUGUACCUUAAAAAGAAGGCUUGGGAUGAAAUUAGUUCUUCUGACAUAAAUAUGUGCAAGGGUUAAAAAGCUAAUUUUUUUUAUUGUUUUCCAGGUCAAACCUGUUUUUCAAGCAAAUAUCGAGUGACCUGAUGGCUUACUGUAAGCAUGCUCACAGAUCAACCAUUGAGCUGGCUGAUGUGGAACUUCUCAUGAAAAGGUUUGUAUUGGCACUUCAUCUAUCAUAUAUGUAAAUAAAGAAACUUCAUGUGAUACACAUGUAUUUUAAGGAGAAGUACAUUCAUUUGAAAACAUUUUGGGAAAUUUACCUUUUUUAUUAAAGCAUAGAAAGGGAUUGCAUUUGGAAAUUUAAUAUGUACUUAGAUAAACGCUCAAACUAAAAGGGACUUUGGGAUGAUUUUGAGGGUGCAACCCUUACUCACUGAGUGGGAAGUUUAAGCUGAUUUGUUUUCUGUUCUUGAGGUUCUGCAUUCAGAGCAGAGACAGAAAAGAUAAGAGUGCUUAACCUCUUAACUUCCAUGAGUGAUCACAUUAGAACUUCUCCCUACAUUAUCAUCACAACAUCAAGCAGACAAGUGAUUAGAAUAAAGAAACAUAUCAAUUAGUGGAUUUUUGGUUGAUCCAAUAACAAUCAGAUGAAUUGCAUGGCAAAAAGUAAGGAGAAGUACUAAUGAAAUCUUGAUGUUUUGUUUGUUUGUUGUUGUUGCUUUUUUUCAGACAGGGAUUUAUAACUGACAAGCAGUCACUGUUCUCAUUGGUUGAAAAGUAUUUACCAUUGGAAUACAGACAGGAAAUUAUACCAACAGUCCAAGCAGGGAACAAGAUAGUUCCGUAAUGAGAUACAAAGGGUACUUUGGUCUAACAGGGCUUGAAUUAUGAAUGCAAAGUGGAAAUUUAGGGCUGCUAAUGGACAACGAAAAUGAAGGGCUGUUCGUUGAUGUAAACUUCCUCACAAGUUGGGAGUCAUAAAUGGCCAGGCAUAGAAAAAGACCAAACAUUCAGUUAUAAACUUGUAGCUUGAUAUGUUCUUGCCUGAAAUGUAUGGAUGUACUAUAUAAGUUGACAGGAGAACACCCAUGAAUUUUGAAGCACCUUAAAGAAAUUAGGAAAACUUUUUAUGCUUCUUGUAAAAUAGCAUGUCUUUCAGUUUUCCAGUCCACAGAGAGAUCUAGGUAAUGUUUUCUUUAAUUUAAAUGGACAUUGUGGCUUUUUCAGGAUGAAAGUUGUGUGCCAGUGAAAGAUAUCCAGUUAGGAUGUCCAUCUUGUGCAAUCUGGGUCAGAGAUUGUUUCAUGUGAGACUACACACAAGGAAGAUAUUCUGAAAUGUAUUCUGGAUUUAAAAAAUGACAACAUGAGUCAGUGUUUCCAUGUUAUUAUGACACAGCAUUUGACUGAUGAGAGGAUCACUGGAAAACAAAUAUUUGAAACAAAAAAAAAAUGCUAACUCUACAGAAAAUAUAAACAUCUAUUCAUCUAGCUCUAAAUAACUGUCUUUUUUCUUACUUGUAUUUUAACAAGCUAAGUCAGGGUGGAUCUGCUCAAACUGCAUUUGUCAUUAGUGAUUGAAAAUAUUUUAUUAAAGGUUGCCUACUAAAAGUAAACUGUCUUGUGUCAGUGAAGAAGCUCCACCUACCCACUCAAGGAAGAGGGGGCAUUAAACUCAUUCGUAAAGGGCAAAGACAACAUGAAAGGCUCAGAGAAUAUGAAUGAGGAUCCUUAUUUCAGUUCCUAACAGAAUGACUGCCUCAUCUAGGUUAUUUUCCUUUCCCUCUCCCCUUUGUUUGCCAAUGAACCUUUGCUAAUGGGCUUAUGGUGAGCUUUGCUGAAAACAUAUUAUGAAAAGAUAAUAUGACUGGGGUGAGACAUGUCUUUACAGUUCUUUGCCCUCCUACGAUCCAUGGAUCGACAGUCUUGAAAUUUAGCUUAAUGGUCACCCACAGUCAGGGAAACAACUACUUAUGCUGUGUUGCCUCAGUAGAAAUAUGUGUCUGAGUUAUCUAAAGCCCUAUUUGAAGUGUUUAUUGUAAUUCUAUAUCUUCCUUCACGUGCUCCUUAGAGUGGUUGUGUGGUGACCUUUGCUAUAAUAAAAAGUUUGAAAUUGAGUUGUUUUUUUAGGAGGUAAAGGAAUUCAAGUGUUAAGGAAAGAUAGCACAUGACUGAAUUAAUUUAAUUUGGAACAAAACUUGAAAAAUUUGAAAAAACCCUGUUAAAAGUCAUGAAGGGUCAUCUAGUAUCAUGAAGAUGAAGAGGGUGAAGCCACUUUAUUCAAAGGAUGUGACUAGACUUUUGUAACCAGGAUUACCUGAGAGAGGAUUUACGAUAGACUUUCUACCUGAUAACCUGCUUUAAAGUUAAGACUUGUGUUUCAGAAAUCUUGUAGUUUUUAUCCCCAUCAUUAAAACUGCUUUAGUUUAAAUAUGAUUUGUAGUGUCUUCAAUGAGCCGGGAUGAAUCAGUUGAACCACCCGUGCCUCGCAGGGAACUGGGAUCGAAGAUUGCGGUGCGACAAUUUCGUGAUCAGCAUAUAUUCAUGAAUCUGUCGAGCGUCAAGAUGGUGGAGUACGUAUAUCACAUUGAGAGUUUUGGCUGAUCAUUUUUAGUUUAUUUUCUUUUAAAUAAAUCCGUUUUCGUUACAGGAGAUUAAAAGAGAGUCAGCUAUCUUCUUCUGUACACCAGAAGCUGGUAGAAUCCGGGGAAAGAGAGAGGUAAACUGAAGUUAACUUUGUCUAAUCUAAGCCUUGUCUUUUCGGACGCGCUUGAAUACGAUUCGUGCAGAUUGGUUUAUUCUUAGUUACUUUGUGGGUAGAAUUGUGCCUGGCGUAUUUAAAAGGCGUCCAAAGCCAGGAUAGAUUGAUUAAAGGAGAGGUAUCGCGGCCAGAACUGCACUGAAUGUUAUUUCAAAUGUGUUUUGUAAACCUAACACUGUGUAGGGACACUUGUGACAGACGUUGUAAACCUUUCUUCCUUCUUUUGAUAUACGCUGUUGCUAAUCUAAGAAGAAUGCGUAACACUUGUCUAAUGAAACUAUAACAUAGCCUCUUUCGCCAUUGAACUCUCUGUAACCCAGUCUAUAAAGCGUCUCUACGCAAAAUCUGUAAGUGUAAGAGUGAAAGCUGUUUAGUGGAUUCAGAUUUUUCCCACCAGUAAUGAAUAAUUACCAUCUUUCUUUAAGGAAGAUUUUCCUUUAAAAGACAAACUGCUAAAUAGCAAAUUACAUCUAGAUACAGGUUGUUGAUCAAAAAUAAUUUGACUACCGUUUGGUCCAGCCUCUUUCGAGGUUAACUGUAAAUCUUGUAUUGUGCUGUUUUUGACUAUCAUUUGACAUAAUUUGUGUACAGAUUGAAAGAACUUCUGAGAACCAAACUCAUAGAAUGUGGAUGGCAGGACAGGUUAAGGAGUCAUUGUAAAGGUCAGGAAAGAAGUUUAUCUUUUUCCUUUGAAUUGUUGUUUUUCCUUUGUACUUCAAUGAAAUAACACAAGAUAACUAUACUUAAAGGAAUUACACAAGAUAAUGCUCUGAUGAAGGGCUAACGCUGGAAAUGUGAGCUUGGAAACUCUUUACGGUGGCCAAUUUAUGUUAUCAACGCAGAUGAUAAAAGUACAUUACACUGUUAUACUCUCCCACUGACACAGCACCACAGUUUCUUUAGAAACUUACCUCCUUUAAUGAAAUUACAGUUUCUUUCUUUUGGUGAGAGUGAACUAAUAGAUCAAAAUCUGCUCAAACGGUAAGCCAGAAAUGUUGGAACUUAGUUUUUCAAGGUGCAGGUAAAAAGUUUAUUAUCCAACUGCACUGAGUAAGGUACAAAACAUGUGCCAAUCGAGUACAAAUAUCACACAAUAUUUGGACAGUUAGUUAUUUUGUACUGUAAAAAACCUGUUUGACUGGUCGGCUAAGCAUGCAAUGCUUCCCUAUCUGCUUCACUUUUCUUGCCUUACAAGAACUGUGCUUAAAAUAAAGUAGUUGGAUUAUAAAUAACUUAUUACAUGUUUACUUGUUGUUUGUAUUUUGAUUACCAUGCAGGCUAGUCAAAAUAUUCAGUGAUACUGCACAUCAAAAUGUCUAAUGAGAUAUAUAUCUUAAAUCAAUUUUUUGCAGCCACAAUUUGAGCAACUAUACAUAUGUAUGUUUUUUAUGAUUUUUGCAGAUGUCAUCAAACAAAAAGGACUUGAAAAUGUGACAGUUGAUGAUCUAGUGGCUGAAAUAACACCAAAAGGAAGAGGUAAGGCAUUUUUGUGAAAAUUAUUGCUUUUGAAAUUAUUCAGGGUUUUUUUGGACAAAUUAAGUGGUUUGGUAGAUAGAUAUCAAAUGAAUCUCUACUUUUUCAACAAAAUUACUGGUCAGACUGCAAAACCAAGGUGCAAAGAGUUGUUGAGAGUACUCCUCUGUGACUCUUCAUGUACAAAAUGGAAAGUUGUGCAUAAUUUGUUGAUGCUAGAAAAACAUAAGUUUAGUCCAGGUUGGCUUGAUUCCUUGUGGUUUCACAUGCCUGCAUUAUGCAUUACAUGCAGGUGCACACUUUGCAUGUGUAAUGCUUAGGAUUUACAUGCACUGGAUGUGCAUGUUAUUUUGCAGUACACCUGAGCAACCCUGUAGCUUGCCAAUUAACAGACAUAUUAAUUAAUACUGCAGUAUUUUUGAUGGAUAGUAUCUUUUUCCAAACAAGAGGAUCAACAGAGUUAGUGACUUAUUUUAAGGAGAGCACUAACUGUCCUUUGAAUAAUAACACCAGUAAAUUGUAUUCAUGCAAGACUGAUUCAUACAGGUGUAACCAGUGGAUGUUAUCCAGGUUUUUGGAGUGAACAGCAAUACUGCUUCUUCUUCUUCUUGAGAUGUAUAUCUUUUGCAUGUUACCUCCACUGUUUGCUCAAGUCUCCCUGUUAGUCUGCUAGUACCCAUUUACUAUUUUCCUGGAGGGAGAGAUCAGCAUGGCAUUAAAGCCCUCCCAAAAUUCAAGUUUUAUUUUCAAAAUUCAAGUUUUGCUGUUAAACGUUAUGUUUAUGAUUUAGGAAUUAAGUUUUAGGAACAGAACUCCUUCUCUACUUUCAAAUUCAUACCUUAUCACAAUCAACUUAAAUUUGAAUUUUUGGCAGGGAUUUAAUGCCAUAGAUCAGAGGCACUAUGAAGGUUAAGUGUCUUGUCCAAGAAUAAAACACAAUGACUGCAGUUCAUGCUCCUUCCGAAAAAUCUUUAUCCAGAGAUUAGCACAUUCACUAUUGAGCCUCCUUUUUCCCCCACCUUAACCCGACACUCCCAUUUCUAAAUAUCAAUUCUUCACUUUAAGUGCCAUAAAUUUCUCAUAAUUUAAGCUCUGAGAAUGUGACUUCCCUCUUGAUAUUUUUCUUUCUUCUCAUCACCUUUUCUGCUUGGAAAUGUAUUGAUAUCGUAAGGAGAAAUUAACUGUUGGUCACUUGUGGGAGUGAAGGGGUCACGUGACAGCAAACAUAGGAUUCAUUUAGGACUCAUUUAGUGUUAACAACUGAGUUGAAAACGUAAAUUAACCACCGUAAAGGGUAAAAAAGCUGACGUUUCGAGCGUUAGCCCUUCAUCAGAGCGAUGGCGAAGGGCUAACGCUCUGACGAAGGGCUAACGCUCGAAACGUCAGCUUUUUUACCCUUUACGGUGGCUAAUUUACGUUUUCAACUCAGUUGUUAACACUAAAUUACCUGCUGUACUCUCUCACCGACGCAGCACCACAGUUUCUUUAGAAACUUACCCCCUUUAUUCAUUAAACACAGGAUGUGUUCAUCCUCACUACAACCACAGCCCUAGAAAUGAAAUGAUUUUUUUUCUCUUUUUCACUCAUAGCUAUGAUCCCUGACGAAGUAAAGAGGGACCUGUUGAUAAGAAUACGAACUUUCCUUGCUGCCAACUCGUAGCUUUUAAAAAUGCUAUGUAUGAAGAACUUUUUUAGUAUUGCACUCUUUUUCAUUUCUUUUUCGUUUAGUAAUGAUUAAUAAAGCAUGUAAAUUUGAUUAUAGAGUUCUUGAUUUCAUUUUUGUUUUUGCAUAUUUCAUAGAUAUGUACUCGGAGAAUUUGUCACUCUUUUCAUUUUAUAAUGAAAUGAAACUUCUUGCUCUGAAUAACAGCAGUACUUUCUCUACUUUACAAGUGCAAGUUUGCCUUUCGUCGUUUCUUUCCAGAAAGAGAAGUAGACCAUAUAAAAGAAAAAACUCAGUCUAAUUUUUGCCGAUUUUUAAUGCAACGUUUGUUUAUAUGCCAGAACGUUUUAUGCUCAUACAGUGGGCAACUGCUUUUGCAACUAACACAAAGUGUACUUAGUUUCCAUUGGUUUCGUGUUGUCUUCCAAGUUAAACAGCAAAGGAAUUUCGGAUGUGAAUAUUUCGAUUUACAAAUUCAGCUUAGUGUUUCGCUUCUGUUCCUUCGAAUGAAGAAGGUUUCACCUCAACCGUCACGUCUCGUCCUUGGACUGUCGCCAAACCAAGUUUCAGUUGUUGGUUCUCGUCGGCUUUUGAGGGAAACAGGCUCAAUUUGGUUAUUUGCCUCUGAAUUGUCGUUAAAAACGGGUUCAACUGGAGAACUGGGUGUUUUCUUCCGUCAGAGGACAAGUGAUGAGAGUUAAGAAGGAUAUCUAUCAGGGGAUUAUUAGUUAAUCCAAUACCGAAAUCUCCAAACUAACAUCAAAAGCAUACGAAAUGUAUGACAAACACUAAGGAGAAUUACUCAUGAAAUAUCGGAAGUGAAAGUUUACCGCAAGAGAAGACGUUUUGUCUCUCUAGCAACACUUAAUUAGCGUUUUUUGUUUUUUCUUCGUUGGGGCUCAGAUCAGACAAUGUGUCAGAGUUGUCGGCUUAAUUUUACUCACCCCUUGUCUCGUAACCUGCCUGGAAACUCUGCCUUUCCGUUGUACUUGAACACAACGUGCAUGACGUUGCUCUUUAGGAUGAUGGCUUCCGGUUUUAGUGACCCACAGUAAACAUAGAAGAAUACUUAAUCAGCCAGUCAAGAGUGUCUUGCUUCAAAAAGUUAAAGCUGUCAAUUAUCACUGUGGUCACCUUGAAAACUUAUGCAAGACGUCUGAAGUCAAAUAAAUUAUAUCAUUUUCAAUCGCUUCGAUGGGAACUAGUACGCUCUCUUAUUUUUCAGGCUUAAAAAGAAAGGAAUUGCAGCAGUUGACUCUACGAUGAAAAAAAAUAUACUCGACGUCGUUUGAGCUUGGAACACGGCCGUUUCAGCCGUUAUAAAAUAUUUUUACAGCGAUGAUUAUAUUUGCUUUGUUUUUUCUUUAUCGUAAAAUGGACUUUUUAAGAUAAUCGCAUUACUUAGUGAUACUUCAAAAUGGUUCUGUGACUGUUCCCGAAAGUAUUUUCAUCAAUUCAUGCGUCUCGAAGUUAAGGGUAUAUACCUAAUUGGGGUUUUUAUGAUUUGACAACCAAUAAUUAAAAUAUCAAUCGAUAAAAUCAAUAAUUGGAUUUGUUUUAUAACACACAUCUUGUCUAUUUUCGAUGAGAUAACUUUUAAAAGAAAUGGCUUUUUAUCAGGAUUAUAGUUAAGACAAGGACAUAUGUGUUGUUUGCAACAAUCUCAGAUGAUCGGAACUGGAACCAAUGUGUUACGCCCGAUGUUAUCACGCUCGUUAGAGCAGGAAGCAGGUCAUAACAGGAACAUUUUAACGAACAUCGUUUCUACCAAGCUCCCAAUUUCAAUUGGAAAGAGGUUAAGUUUAGACAAACACCCAAUCUUUCUCAUUUGGAUAAUUGGUGAAACGUCAAGAAAAACCAUGGGUGGUAUCACCUGGUAUUGCACAGUUUCCAACCAAUCACAAAGUCCAUUGGAGAUGUAGUUUUCAUAAUAAGUGUCAAAACGUUGCACUUUUAAAGAAAUGGAAGGUUUGUUUAUGAACCUCGUUGACGGGUGAUGUACAAAACCAAAUAAAUUUAAAUGCUAUGUUUAAUUCACUUACAAGAAAAAACAAGAGUCAAAUAGAUUGACCAUUGCUUGGUUAAUGAGCGUCACGGAGUCUUAAUCAAUGCAGUUAAUCUUUGGAAAUAUCUUGAGAAGAGAAGCAAACCUGAAGCAACUCAAGGCGAAAACCCCUCGAGAGGGGCGAUCGCACUCAAUGACAUAAAAGACCAGAUUAUUUACUACUUUGGUAACGAUACUGAUGAAUAACUUAACCCUUUUACUCUCAAGAUCCAAGUAUACUGAUGUAUUACACAGCUAGCCACACAUUUCAUAUAACUCUUGUUCUGAGAAAUAAUUUGUUUCAAUUAGACAAUAGAUCAUAUUCUUUUUAUUCUCAUUCUGCUCAUCACCCUCCUGUUUGACAGCGUAGUGAUGAUAUGAUGAGAAAUUACUUAUUGGUGAACACGAUUUUCGAGGACGAACUGCAAGUGUCUGAAUCAGUAUUUUUUGUCCCUGAAGUGCAAAUCAUUGUGGGGAGUACAGCGAGUGCAAACAACCAGCACGAUCAGAGAUCAAGGGAGAACCCUUAACUCGUGACUUAUUUACGACCUCACCUGCUUGGCUUGCUUAAAACACUAAUGAAGCGUAAAAUUAAACGGGUCUAUAAUUAUUCUAAGUCCUUCUCACUGAAACCUUUUCACUUAUAGAAGUGUCCAAGGGCAAGAUAAGAAGAGAGAAAAUCUAAACGAUAAAUUCCAAAAUUCUGCCGGAAGAACGGAGCUGUCUUCGAAAAAGGCGAUAGCCACUAGUUCUUAUGUCACUAAAUGCUCGCUCUCUCUGAGACUCAAAUGUCUGCGCCACAUCUACUGACACGUUUUGACAGACACUCAGUGGGCUUCUCAACUGAAAGUGUUGAAUGGCCCGGAACAGUUUUUCUGGGGAGGCGCCAUUUCAGUUGUUUUCUUUGUCUCCUUUUGUAGUAGAAAACAUGCCAAUGAGCGCAUCAAGGCAGAAUUGCUCAACUAAGCGGGAAAGUUAAAAACUUUCGUUGGCGAUCUAGAUUCAUAGAACCCGCUCAUAUCCAAAAUUUUGCACCUCAUACACAUCUCUAUACUUGCAAAUAUGCAUCAAAAAAUGACUUUUUAAACAUUCAUUUCUUCCGUUCAGCGUUGAAACACUUUUAUCUGUAGUCGCUUUCCUUUUUUCGUUGCAGUAUUUUAAUGGACCUUUUAACUCCUAAGAGCAUUAAUGAUUUAAGGUAAGCGAUCUCUGAAGUCCGAUUAAUAAUGAAUGCACCCACCGCUAUAUACCUGGAGUGCUUUAGGUUUUGGUCAAAUAGAGGUAAGUGAAAGAGAAGGAAGAUAGCGUCUCUAAGUACGUUAGGGCGGGCUGUCCAUUACAGUAGUGUAGUAGUUUAGGAUAGCCUGUCCACUUGAAAACUGCGCCGGCUUCGAUCUCACUUUUGUGACAUUUCUCUUUUGGUUGGUGUAACAUAACGGCGGAAUCAUAAAUUCAAAAUUCAAAGCUUUUGCCGCUUCCGUGAGGUGUCAGAGUCCAUGUCAAAGAAAUCUUUCUUCAGAAUACGAGGAGAGCAACAGUGGCACACGGUAGUGUGUUAAAAACACGGCUUUUUCUACCGUAGUCUACGAUAUGUCUGGUGAAGCGGAGGGAUUAUGGACGGGCGAAAUCGAAACAAGUUUUCAAGAGGCGCUCGCAAUCUACCCGCCGUGUGGAAGACAAAAGAUCAUGUUGUCAACCAAAGACAAGAUGUACGGGAGAAACGAGCUCAUUGCGAGAUACAUCCUCAUGAAAACUGGCAAAGUUCGAACUCGCAAACAAGUCGCCAGUCACAUUCAAGUUCUGGCCAGGAAAAAAAUCCGCCAGUUUCAGUCAAGGAUCAAAGAGAAGACAUACGUAAACGAUGGGUUACAAGAAAUGAUGACGAUGUCCUCCGCGGAGAUUCUGUCGCCUGUCGUGCACCACGGAAGCGAAGGCUACGAAGCCCCGUCAUGUUCUGAUAUUCCGCCUGGUCCUCCGCCAGCGUUGUUACCGUGCUAUUCGACUCCGGCUCCGAGUCAACAUGGACAAUUAAUGAUUGAAAUCCCCCGAGCCCGAACUCCGCCGAAAUUGCAGUUCCCGCCGGUAGCGAGAGAGCACAUAGCAGGAAUACCCGAAUUUACGCCUCCUCGCACGCCUCCACAUAAACUUGAAACCAACUUCCAAGAUAAUACUUUUCAAAGUAGUUUGACUUGGGAAGUACCUGAUAUUACUCAGGAAUUAAAUUACAGGGAGACACAAGAAGAACUCUCUCCAAAGUCUGGCAUCAGCGGGAGCCAUAGUAGUAACAGCACGUGGCGAGCGAUUCCGGAAGUUAUCUACAGCACAAGAUGCAAAGAAGAGCCCGUUAUUUCAACUUGUGUCUUAGGCGUGUCAGCAUCGUCCACUUUGCCGGAGACACCGACAUUCGAUGAUUAUUUGGUGUACGACGCUGACCAGACUUGUCCCUCUAUUGACUUCUCGGACAUGUAA